UCCCCACAUCCCACCUACUCUCUCUCUCUCUCUCUCUCUCUCUCAAGUCCAUGACAUAUUGACAUCUCAACUCAAUUGAAAGGAAUCUAUGCAAGUUGUGGUUGUGACAAAAGAAAGGAAAUUUCUCCGCUGGCAGCACACCAAACAUAAAACCCAAAGCUAGUCUCUAUUCUUGAGAAUGAGCUCGUUGAGACACCAAACAUUAACCCCAAAUCCAGUCCAUCUCUCUCUCUCUCUCUCUCUCUCUCUCUCUCUCUCUAAAAUGUCCAUGAUAUGUUGACACUCUCACAGGUGUGGUUCUGACAAAAGGAAAGCUCUUCACUUCCAGAACUCUUAUGUAUUAUCAUCACCUAUUUCUCUGUUCUUUAGCGGAGCUAUUCGGACACACGACACACAGGUCCCAAGAGCUGCUUCUCUCUCUCCAGUGAGAAGCAUGCCAUGCGAAUCCAUUAUUGGUUUCCUAACACUGCAUUUCAUUAAUGGGUAUCAGAAACCAGAAAGGAGUGCAGAUAUAUAAGAUGUGAGAUCUGGCAAUCAAUUCUACCUCAACAGAACUACAUGUUAGAGUUUGAGGGAAGACGAAAUCGCUGAUCAAGAGGAGAAGAAGAUCUCAUGCAUGCCAUUGGUGGAAGGGAAGAACCACAGCAAGUAUGAAGUACAUGAAACUGGGAACAAAGCCAGACACAUUUUACACAGAAGAAGCUGUAAGGUGUAUAUGAAGGUCAGUGUUGUCAGAUGUACCAACAGACCUCAUUAUUCAUGUCAAUAACACUAAAUACCUCUUGCACAAGUUUCCGCUCCUACUAAAGUGCGGCCUCAUACAACGCCUCUGUUCCAACGCCGACAACGAAACUGGCCAGCCAAUUCCGAUAGCUCUUCACGAUAUCCCGGGAGGGGAAGAAGCUUUUGAACUCUGCGCCAAGUUCUGCUAUGGAAUCACCAUCAAUCUCAGUGCUCAUAACUUUGUGGCAGCAAUCUCUGCAGCCAAGUUCCUACGGAUGACCGAGUCGGUUGCCAAAGGAAACUUCAUCGCAAAGCUCGAUCUGUUCUUCGAGUCAUGCAUCCUCCUAGGGUGGAAGGACUCGAUCAUGACGCUCCAGUCCCUUUGGAGACACUCUGGGUGGUCGGAUGACCAUCGAAGAAUGCAGCCGUGCAUGAACUCGGUCAUUGAGAAGAUACUCAUCCACCCCUCGCAGGUCGCAUGGUCCUAUAGCUACACAAGGCCAGGCUACACGAAGAAGCAGCAACGCAGUGCAGCCCCCAAGGACUGGUGGACGGAGGAUGUAUCUGAGCUCGACCUCGAUAUCUUCCGGUCGAUCAUUUCCACCAUCCGAUCCACCAAGAAGUUCCCGCCAGCACUCAUCGGAGAAGCGCUCCAUGUCUACGCAUUCAAACACCUCCCGAGCCCACUGGAGUUCCAAGAACAAGCUCAGAGCUCCUCAGCUCGAACUGAUGACAUCCUAAACAAGCACCAACGGGUGCUCGAGGCCAUUGUUAGCAUGAUCCCGACUGAGCCAGGAUCAGUGUCAGCCAGUUUCUUGUUCCGGCUUCUCAAGAUUGCUUGUUAUGUCGGCGCCUCUACGUCUACCAAAGCUGAGCUUAUAAGACGAUCAGGUCGCCAACUGGAUGAAACCACUGCAAGUGAUCUGCUAAUUCCAUCAACUACCGAUCCCCGGUCUCAUGAUAUCAGCACGGUGGCGGCGGUCCUCGAGAGUUUCCUGUUGCAAUUUCGCCGACAUAUGCCUCGAGAAGAGACCGAGAGGAUGAUCAUGUCCAUGACCAAGGUGGGGAGGAUCUACGACGACUACCUGCAGAUCAUUGCAAGCGAUAGUACUUUACCAGUCUCAAAGUUCAUUGAACUAGCAGAGUCGUUGCCUGAAAUGGCACGGGAGGAGCACGAUGGGCUGUAUCAAGCUAUUGAUACUUACCUCAAGGAGCACGCAGAGUUGAGCAAGGCAGAGAGGAAGAGGCUCUGCAGGUUGAUCGACUGCCGGAAACUGUCACCUGAAGCACGAGCAAACGCUAUAGCCAACGACCAGCUGCCUUUGCGCACCAUAGUGCAGCUCCUGUUCAUUGAGCAAGAGAGAGUUGGCGGAGCUGGCGGUAGCAAAGGAGCUCCUGCAAUCUCAACCUUGAAUGAGUUUUCAGACGCCAUGGCAGCUCAGGAUGAGGCAAGAAGGUUUAGGCAUGGAUUGGAAGGAGGGCAUCGACGUGAAGAACCUGCUAUGGGUGCAAGAACAGACAACACAACGGUGGCACCAUCACCAUCUGAACCCAAGAUUGCAAAGGAUGAGAGGAAGAAGAAGGCUGAAGGACUCGGGGACAAGUGCGACAACAAAACCAAGUAAGGAGCACACCAAAUUGAAAAAGGAUAAAGAAUGUGAUUGGUAUGGCCGCGCCCCCAACAGCGCCACCCCAACGCCACCCUCCUCUCUCUCUCUCUCUCUCUGAGUUAUCAUUUAUUGAUAUUUGAAAUGGUGUUCAUGAUUUUUUUUUAACCUUUGGAUACAGAUCUCCGACAUCCUUCAUUGGUGGGUGUGAUUACUUUACUGGUUGAUUGAUGCUCCA